AUGCGGAUCGACAUGUAUGUGGAGGGCUUAAAGGAUCUGAGUGACAUGAUUAUGUUCUUUCCACUCUCUCUGCCUGAAGAGAAGGAGAUGAAUCUUGAAUAUAUCCUUGAAAGAGCCACUACAAGAUUCUUCCCUGUCUAUGAGAAGGCACUAAGAGACAAUGGGCAAGAUUUUCUUGUGGGCAACCGGUUGAGCUGGGCUGAUAUACAGCUCCUUGAAGUCAUCUUAAUGGCUGAAGAGUGCAAACCCAGUGUCCUCACAGGCUUCCCUCUGCUACAGGAGUUCAAGGCCAGAACCAGCUGCAUUCCCACAAUUCACAAAUUUCUCCAGCCUGGAAGCCAAAGGAAGCCUCCACUAGAUGAAGGCUCCAUUGAGACCGUGAAGAACAUAUUCAAAUUUGAACGUGGCAUGUUUCUUAAAAACAUGGCUACUAUAGUAGCUGAGUAUUAACAAAUCAAGAGGUCUAAUGGACUCCACACGUUUCACUUCACAUUUGUAGGCAUACCCAAAAAGGUAUCGUAAGGUCAAGUUGAUAAAGAUAAGCAAAAGGAAAUAAACUACCUAACAUUU